ACCGCCGGCCGCCACCGCCACCACCACCACCUUCUUUCUCUUAUAAAAGUCUCUGAGCAGACACUCGUCGUACAUCCCCCUCUCUCUCUAUCUCUCUCUCUCUCUCUCUCUCUCUCUUCUGUGUUUCACGUUUUCCAUGUCCAGCUCAACCUCCACCAAACGCUUUAAAUCCACUUAAACGAAAUCUCUCGUCAUCCAUCUCCACCAUCUUCCCCCCUCCAAAAUAUCAUAUUCUUUCAUUUGUAGUGUCUCCAUUUUUCCCCUUUAUUUAAUUAUUGGUUGGUCCGUUUGAUUGAUGAUACGCCCCGCAUAAAGCUGCCGGCUCAAAAAAUUUGAUCUUCACCUUCCCACUCCAAUCAUGGCUUCCAUGGCCGCCGCCUUCGCCAGCACCGCCCCCGCCGCCCACGGCCACCGCCACGGCCUCCGCCCCCACCCGCCGAGCCUUUCCCUCCGCACCCAUUUCUCCCCUCCCUCCGCGGGACGCCGCGGCGGCGGCUCGGGGCUCCGGGUGCGGUCGGGGCUGAUCGAGCCGGAUGGGGGGCGGCUGGCGCAGCUUGUGGUGGAGGAGCCGCUGCGGCGGGCGAGGACGAGGGAGAGCCUCACGCUGCCGCGGGUGAAGCUGUCGCGGAUCGACCUCGAGUGGGUCCACGUGCUGAGCGAGGGGUGGGCCAGCCCGCUCCGAGGCUUCAUGCGCGAGUCCGAGUUCCUCCAAACUCUUCAUUUCAACGCCCUCCGUCUCGCCGACGGUGCGGUCGUGAACAUGUCCGUCCCGAUCGUGCUGGCCGUCGACGACGCCGACCGGCACAUGAUCGGCGAGUCCAGCAAGGUCGCGCUCUUCGACGCCAACGACAACCCCACCGCCAUCCUCAGCAACAUUGAGAUUUACAAGCACCCUAAAGAAGAACGGAUUGCGAGGACAUGGGGAACCACUGCACCAGGUCUGCCUUAUGUCGAAGAAGCCAUAACCAAUGCAGGGAACUGGUUGAUUGGGGGCGACUUAGAGGUGUUGGAACCGAUCAAGUACGAGGAUGGUCUAGAUCGAUUCCGACUCUCACCCGCAAAUCUCCGUGAGGAAUUCACUCGGCGGAAUGCGGAUGCUGUGUUUGCUUUCCAGCUAAGGAACCCAGUCCACAAUGGGCAUGCCCUACUGAUGACUGACACACGCCGUCGGCUUCUCGAGAUGGGGUACAAGAAUCCCAUCCUUCUUCUUCAUCCCUUGGGAGGCUUCACAAAGGCUGAUGAUGUUCCCCUUAGCUGGCGAAUGAAGCAACAUGAGAAGGUGCUUGAGGAUGGUGUUCUUGAUCCUGAGACAACUGUUGUCUCAAUAUUCCCUUCUCCCAUGCACUAUGCUGGCCCGACCGAGGUGCAGUGGCAUGCAAAGGCUAGGAUCAAUGCUGGGGCUAACUUCUAUAUUGUUGGUCGAGACCCAGCUGGUAUGGGCCAUCCAGUUGAGAAACGAGACUUGUAUGAUGCUGACCAUGGGAAGAAGGUGUUGAGCAUGGCUCCUGGACUGGAGAGGCUAAACAUUCUUCCAUUUAAGGUUGCUGCUUACGACAAAACACAAGGGAAAAUGGCAUUUUUUGAUCCUUCUAGGCCUCAAGAUUUCCUUUUCAUUUCGGGCACCAAGAUGCGAACACUUGCGAAGAACAAAGAGAGCCCACCUGAUGGCUUCAUGUGCCCCGGUGGUUGGAAAGUGUUGGUCGACUACUAUGACAGCCUGGCGCCCGCAGACAACGGCAAAGUUCCGGAAGCUGUUCCAGCUUAAGACAGGACCUACUGUAUGAUUAUGUACUAGAUUUGUGUGGAAGGAAAUCUGAAAACUCUCGACUCCUGGGUGCUCCAGAUCCAAGAGUUACACCUCAACUUCUCGAAAUAAAAACCAAGCAGGUCAUUGGUACAGCUAUAAAUAUAUGCAAGACUUGCCUGGAAUUGUUAUUGGGAGUGCUCAUUGUCGCGUGCAUGCGAGCCUGUUGUAACAUAUGGUGUUUGGUGUUUAAUGAAGUGCAGAUAGUGUCUUGU